AGCGUUUUCGCGGUGUUUGCAAAAAAGUUGAAACACUUUAAAUUGCCUAUGUAAUUUGCUACUAUAUAGAGCGUUGUUUGUUGCUACGGCUGCUACCAAAGAAAGAUUUAGGAAUUUGAAAAGGAAUAAUUACGUAUUUAGAUUUAGAUUGGGUAUUAUACGUAUAUUUUCAGGGGAGAUGGCUUAUAACGAAAAUGUGCACAUAAAAUGCGGUUACUGCGGGUGGGUCAUGAGAGGAACCUGCAGUAAUAUAGAGGCCCAUGAAUGUUUUCGAAAUUACAAUGAAGAUCUCCAUUUACUUCAGGUGGACAAUGAUCAUGUGGCAAGGAUGAUACCAAGAAACACAUAUGAAGAAAAUGACAUUUCGAAUACUGAGGUUGUUCCAUCAAAACAUCGAAAAUAUUUAGGUGACACAACAAAUGAAUUAUUAAUAGAACUAGUCCAAGCAAGGCCCAGCUUGUGGAAUUAUACGUUGCCAUUGCAGGAGAGGACAAAUAUAAAAAAGGAUGCCCUUUGGGCAGAAAUCUCAAAUGAAAUGGGAGGUGGUAACAUGACCAUAAAGUGGGUCAAAGAUCACUGGAAAUAUUUACGGGACGCAUACAUGAAAGCAAGAAAAGUAAGCAAACAGUAUGUUCCCAGUGGAUCCUCAACAGAUUCUGCAAAAGCAAUAAAAAAACAUUCGUUUCGCUUCUUUGAGCGAAUGAAAUUUUUGGAAAUUUCUGUACAAACAGAAUCUACUAUUUCGUCUCUGCCACUUUCAUCUACUGCUUCUUCUUCUUCGGAGUCUCUAAAUGUAUCAGUAUAUUCACACAACACACACACACCACAACAGGAAAACAUCGCUCCAUUCAGAAAUGAAAAUGAUAUGGACUUGAAUACAAUAGUGUCGCCAUCCUCAUCUCCAGGUGCUUUCCACACUACGCUAAACAGAACAUCCAUGAAUGCAUACGUAAAACCACCAGUCAAGCGUAAUCUAUUAGCAUCAAGUUCAUUACCGAUGAGAAAAGCGAAGAUACCCAAAGUGAGCCCGGAAUCUGAAGAGGUGCAAUUUGCUAUCUUGAAUGCUUUGCGGGAAGAGCGUGUCGGUUCGGAUGCGGUAGAUGGCAUAUUGCUUCGACUUGGCGAAGGACUACGUCGCCUUCCAUACCGGAAAAGGACGGAAUUAGAAAUUGAAUGGCUACAACAACUAAGAGAAGCGGAACUAAAGUACAGUGAAAUACCGUAGAGGAUAC